AGGUUACAUCUCUUCUCAUUCUCUCUCUUUAAAAAUCUAUUAGAAAUUUCUGAAGCUUUUCAAUAGUUUUCGUCAGCUAUGACCGCCCAGAAAUCAGUGUUGCAAUUGAGUGUUCACGAGGAAAGAAUCAGGAAGAGAGUGUGGGCGACCGUGUCUAAGUUUUCAGGCGUAACAUCGAUAGCAAUGGAUGACAAAACGGGGAAAAUGACAUUAGUUGGUGAAAUUGAUGUACCAAGAAUCGUGAAGAAGCUAAGGAAGAUAUGUAAUGCAGAGCUCGUUACGGUUGAAGUUGUUAAACCACCUGAGAAAAAGCCUGAACCGGAGAAACUGACUCCAACUAAACCGGCCGAAAUUGUUGCCUUUCCAAUUACGCAGUUUCACCACCCGUACCAAUAUCAUUAUUCCUCUGCAAAUUCUUACUAUCAACCAUACGAGAAUUACAGAGCUGUGGAGGAACCAAACACUUGUGUGAUUAUGUAAUUUUCGAGAUUGCUUUCAGAUAGCUUUAGUUAUGGUCUAUGGAACACUUAAUUCAGAUGGAUGAGUGUCUUUUUGGAUUACUGUAAGGGAGAGAGAUGUUUCCACGGCAGGGGUAAUGGCCUCCGCACUAGGGUUUCAGCAAGGGAGAGAGAAUUUUCAAGAGAAAGAUUAUGUGAAUUUAUUUGUAACUCAGUUUUAAUAUAUAAACCAAACACUAAUGGG